AUGCCUGGCUGUGCGGUGCCCGAGUGCCGACAUGGCACUGGAAAGACGAGCCGCAGGGUUGCCGGGGUGAAGCUGCACACGCCCUACACUCCGCGCCAGGCGGCCGCCUGGUGGCACCACAUCCGCAGCGGCGGACAGUCCGGAGCCGACGGCACCGCGGCAGCAGCAGCAGCAGAUGGCGACUCGGAUGACUCCAUCCAGAGGCGGAGGAAGAAGAGCCGUGAGGAGCGGCAGAAGCGGCAGGAGCGCAAGGAGCGCCGGGAGCUGGUGGAGAAGCUGCUGUCCGAACACGAGGAGAAGCAGCGCGCCAGGCCGCCCGUCCAGGUCAUCGAGUUGGAGCAGCGCGGAUCGGCCAUCCGGCGGCCGCCCAAGGUCGCCGGCGGUGACGACCCCGCCUCCGUUGAUGACGCGCCGGACGAGUGGGACGGCGGUGACGGCGCGGCCUCGGACGGCGCCGACUCUGAUGACGCUGGCGGGCCGAUUGUCAACGCGUACCGCCCGGCGCGCCGGCCGAUUGUCAACGCGUCCCGCCCGGCGCCGGCGUUGACGGCCGCAGUGAGCCGCUCGCUGCAGCGCACCAAGGAAAUCGUCCGGCUGAACGUCCGGCUGCGCAAACUCGAGUCCAGGUGCAUCCGCGUACUGGCGGUGCCGGGCGCGCCCCGGCCGGGUGGCGCGCCGCCCGCCGCCGCCGCCGCCGGCCAGCCGGGCGCGCCUCGGCCGGGUGGCGGGCCGCCCGCCGCCGCCGCCGCCGACCAGCCACUGGUGGUGCUGCGGGAUACCUCGGCCGCCGCCGCCAAAAAGCUGCCCUUGUUCGUGACGCAGCUGCUGCACCGCAACGAGCUGCCCGACAGCCUGGCCAGCUUCACGCCGACCAGUCUGGAGGCGGCGCAGGAGGCCAACCACCGGCUGAAGGUGCAGUACCUCCAGCUGCAGGCCACCAUGCUGCGCUGGGCCAUCCAGAACAAAAAGGCCAGGGACGCCGCCGCGGCCGCCCAGAGGGACUCGGAGAGCCGCCGCCGCCGGCGCACGGUGGGCGGAGCGCGCCUGCGACAGCUGCUCCGCCUGGAGACGGCCGUCAAGGCCAUGUUCACGGAGGCACAGCUGCGCGCCAUCGUCCACGAGCACGGCGGAUCGGACAAACAGAAGCGCAAGUUCAAGCCGCACUGGGGCGAGGAGGACCUGCGCCGCGCGCUGGAGCUGCGCGCAGUGGCCGGAUCCGACCGCGUGGUCGAGCACGUCCGCGAAAAGAUGAAAAUCCCGCUGCCGGGCACGCAGACCAUUCGGAAGCGGUGCAUGCAAUCUCCGGAGCUGACUAGCGUGUACCGCGAGAUGGUACAGAAGGGCCAGGAGAGCCGGCGGCGGUGCGCCGACUGCCGACGCCAGCUGGCCACCAUCGACGGCGUGAUCGGCGCGGACCGGGAGCGGCCGCCGUCCGGCGCGGACUCCGACUCGGACGGCGAACAGCCGCCGCGGCGCGCCAUCGAGGCGGCGGUGGCGGCGGAGGCAGCGGCGGCGGCGGCGCGGGGCUGGCCGGACACGUCCGACAGUGACGCCGAGCUGUCCGACCCGGGCGUCUGGAGCCGCAUCGAGCGAGCCAUGAUGGGCGCCGGCGGACGGCCGCCGGACGCCUACGACACCGACGACAGGGCGGCAGUGCGGCGCGCCUGGCGCUGA